AUGCUGUCACGAGAAUGUUGUGUCCCCCCUCCUUUACUGCCUCAUUUUCCCCCUCCUCCACCCAUUAUCACCGACCAUCAUCCUCUCCCCCCACGCAAGGCCCAACCUGCUGGACGUGUUGAGGGAGAGGGGCCUGGCCGAUGCAGACACGAGCGUUGCCAGCCAUCGCUGCCAUCACCCAUCAUCACCCAUCGUUACCCAUACGUACCCCCCCGCACCUCUCCCCCCUUGAAGGCCAAACCUGCUGGACGUGUUGAGGGAGAGGGGCCUGGCCGAUGCACGGCAGAGCACCCUUUGAAGAUCUACGUCGGCUUCGACCCCACCGCUGAGUCGCUGCAGCUGGGGAAUCUCCUGGGUAUCAUCGCCAUGGCAUGGGCGCAGCGGUGCGGGCACACAGCAGUGGCGCUGCUGGCUGGGGGGAGCCACAGCACGGAAUCACUCCACCUCGGAAAUCUCCUUGGCAUCAUCGCCCUGGCAUGGGCGCAGCGGUGUGGGCACACAGCAGUGGCGCUGCUGGGGGGGGCUACAGCACGGGUGGGGGACCCCUCGGGGAAGAGUGUGGAGCGGCCAGUGAUGGAUGAGGAGACGAUUGCGAGGAACAGCAGCGGGAUCUACAAGGUUCUUCAAGACAUUCUCUCUCGACCGCUGCAGCUGCAGCUAUCAGCCAUUGCUCUGCCUCAUUCUCACGCUCCCUUCCCCGUCCCGCGAUUGAGGGACGUGGGCAAGCGCACACAGGUGGGGGCUAUGAUGGGCAAGCGCACACAGGUGGGGGCUAUGAUGGGCAAGCGCACACAGGUGGGGGCUAUGAUGGGCAAGCGCACACAGGUGGGGGCUAUGAUGGCCAAAGAGAGAGCUGGGAGUUUCUAUCAAGGCAUGAUCAGCAGUUCUGGUGGCGUGUCGCUGCUGGACUGGUGGCGUGUUGCUGCUGGACUGGUGGCGUGUUGCUGCUGGACUGGUGGCGUGUUGCUGCUGGACUGGUGGCGUGUUGCUGCUGGACUGGUGGCGUGUUGCUGCUGGACUGGUGGCGUGUUGCUGCUGGACUGGUGGCGUGUUGCUGCUGGACUGGUGGCGUGUUGCUGCUGGACUGGUGGCGUGUUGCUGCUGGACUGGUGGCGUGUUGCUGCUGGACUGGUGGCGUGUUGCUGCUGGACUGGUGGCGUGUUGCUGCUGGACUGGUGGCGUGUUGCUGCUGGACUGGUGGCGUGUUGCUGCUGGACUGGUGGCGUGUUGCUGCUGGACUGGUGGCGUGUUGCUGCUGGACUGGUGGCGUGUUGCUGCUGGACUGGUGGCGUGUUGCUGCUGGACUGGUGGCGUGUUGCUGCUGGACUGGUGGCGUGUUGCUGCUGGACUGGUGGCGUGUUGCUGCUGGACUGGUGGCGUGUUGCUGCUGGACUGGUGGCGUGUUGCUGCUGGACUGGUGGCGUGUUGCUGCUGGACUGGUGGCGUGUUGCUGCUGGACUGGUGGCGUGUUGCUGCUGGACUGGUGGCGUGUUGCUGCUGGACUGGUGGCGUGUUGCUGCUGGACUGGUGGCGUGUUGCUGCUGGACUGGUGGCGUGUUGCUGCUGGACUGGUGGCGUGUUGCUGCUGGACUGGUGGCGUGUUGCUGCUGGACUGGUGGCGUGUUGCUGCUGGACUGGUGGCGUGUUGCUGCUGGACUGGUGGCGUGUUGCUGCUGGACUGGUGGCGUGUUGCUGCUGGACUGGUGGCGUGUUGCUGCUGGACUGGUGGCGUGUUGCUGCUGGACUGGUGGCGUGUUGCUGCUGGACUGGUGGCGUGUUGCUGCUGGACUGGUGGCGUGUUGCUGCUGGACUGGUGGCGUGUUGCUGCUGGACUGGUGGCGUGUUGCUGCUGGACUGGUGGCGUGUUGCUGCUGGACUGGUGGCGUGUUGCUGCUGGACUGGUGGCGUGUUGCUGCUGGACUGGUGGCGUGUUGCUGCUGGACUGGUGGCGUGUUGCUGCUUGACUUCCCAAGGGAUGCGGGCAAGCACUCUCGGGUGGGGGGGAUGAUGAACAAAGGGACCUCCCUCCUGUCCCACCCUUCCUCCCUCCUGUCCCACCCUUCCUCCCUCCUGUCCCACCCUUCCUCCCUCCUGUCCCACCCUUCCUCCCUCCUGUCCCACCCUUCCUCCCUCCUGUCCCACCCUUCCUCCCUCCUGUCCCACCCUUCCUCCCUCCUGUCCCACCCUUCCUCCCUCCUGUCCCACCCUUCCUCCCUCCUGUCCCACCCUUCCUCCCUCCUGUCCCACCCUUCCUCCCUCCUGUCCCACCCUUCCUCCCUCCUGUCCCACCCUUCCUCCCUCCUGUCCCACCCUUCCUCCCUCCUGUCCCACCCUUCCUCCCUCCUGUCCCACCCUUCCUCCCUCCUGUCCCACCCUUCCUCCCUCCUGUCCCACCCUUCCUCCCUCCUGUCCCACCCUUCCUCCCUCCUGUCCCACCCUUCCUCCCUCCUGUCCCACCCUUCCUCCCUCCUGUCCCACCCUUCCUCCCUCCUGUCCCACCCUUCCUCCCUCCUGUCCCACCCUUCCUCCCUCCUGUCCCACCCUUCCUCCCUCCUGUCCCACCCUUCCUCCCUCCUGUCCCACCCUUCCUCCCUCCUGUCCCACCCUUCCUCCCUCCUGUCCCACCCUUCCUCCCUCCUGUCCCACCCUUCCUCCCUCCUGUCCCACCCUUCCUCCCUCCUGUCCCACCCUUCCUCCCUCCUGUCCCACCCUCCCUUCCUCCCUCCUGUCCCACCCUUCCUCCCUCCUGUCCCACCCUUCCUCCCUCCUGUCCCACCCUUUCCUCCCUCCUGUCCCACCCUUCCUCUCCCUCCUGUCCCACCCUUCCGCCCUCCUGUCCCCCCUUCUCCCUCCUGUCCCACCCGUGUCCUGCCCGCCUGUCCCACCCUUCCUCCCUCCUGUCCCCACCCUUCCUCCCCUCCCUGUCCCACCCUUCCUCCCUCCUGUCCACCCUUCCUCCCUCCUGUCCCACCCUUCCUCCCUCCUGUCGCCCCACCCUUCCUCCCUCCUGUACCAACAUUCCUCCCUUCCUGUCCCAACCCUUCCCUCUGUCCCACCCUUCCUCCCUUCCUGUCCACACCCUUCCUCCACUCCGGUCCCACCCUUCCUCCCCUCCUGUCCCACCCUUCCUCCCUCCUGUCCCCACUUCCUCCCUCCUGUCCCGACCCUUCCGCCCUCCUGUCCCACCCUUCCUCCUGUCCUGUCCCACCCUUCCUCCACUCCUGUCCCACCCUUCCUCCCCUCUGUCACCACCCUUCCUCCCCUCUCUGUCCCACCCUUCCUACCCUCCUUGUCCCACCCUUCCUCCUCCUGUCCACCCUUCCUCCCUCCUGUCCCACCCUUCCUCCCUCCUGUCCCACCCUUCCUCCCCUCCUGUCCCACCCUUCCUCCUCCUGUUCCACCUGUCCCACCCUUCCUCCCUCCUGUCCCACCCUUCCUCCCUCCUGUCCACCCUUCCUCCCUCCUGUCCCACCCUUCCUCCCUCCUGUCCCACCCUUCCUCCCUCCUGUCCCACCCUUCCUCCCUCCUGUCCCACCCUUCCUCCCUCCUGUCCCACCCUUCCUCCCUCCUGUCCCACCCUUCCUCCCUCCUGUCCCACCCUUCCUCCCUCCUGUCCCACCCUUCCUCCCUCCUGUCCCACCCUUCCUCCCUCCUGUCCCACCCUUCCUCCCUCCUGUCCCACCCUUCCUCCCUCCUGUCCCACCCUUCCUCCCUCCUGUCCCACCCUUCCUCCCUCCUGUCCCACCCUUCCUCCCUCCUGUCCCACCCUUCCUCCCUCCUGUCCCACCCUUCCUCCCUCCUGUCCCACCCUUCCUCCCCUCCCCCACCCCACCCCAUCCCACCCCAUCCCACCCAACCCUGCCGCAGGAAAACCAACGAAGCAUUCCGGGCGGCAAACUCGAGCUAGUGAACAGCUAUGAUUGGCUAGAGCUAGUGAACAACUACGACUGGUGGAAAGGUGUUUCGCUGCUGGAGUUCCUGAGGGACGUGGGCAAGCAUGCACGGGUGGGGGCGAUGAUGGGUAAGGAGAGCGUUAAGAAGAGACUGGCUUCGGAGGAGGGGAUCAGUUACACCGAGUUCACAUACCAGCUGCUGCAGGGCUAUGACUUUGUGCAUCUGUACAAGGAGAAGGGCAUCACGGUGCAGAUGGGCGGCAGUGACCAGUGGGGCAACAUCACUGCCGGCACCGACCUGCUUCGGCGGCUGCAGGCAGCAGGGGCUGUUCCCUCCAGGGCGGCCACAGGGGGAGAGGGGCAGCUAGAGGGGCAGCCAAAAGAGGAGCAGGAGGGAGAGAUUGAGCAGCAGGAGCAGGGGGAGAGGGGUCCGAGUGUGUUUGGGCUAACGUGGCCGCUGCUGCUGCGCAGUGACGGGAGCAAGUUCGGCAAGUCGGAGGGUGGGGCCCUCUGGCUGUCUGCUGCCAUGCUCUCGCCCUACAAGUUCUACCAGUAUCUCUUUGCCACGCCUGAUGCUGACGUCAUCAAGUUCCUGCGCAUGCUCACCUUCCUGCCCGUGGCGGAGAUCGACCAAUGGGAGGCCGCCAUGUGUCAGCCGGGCUAUGAGCCCAACGCCGCCCAGAAACUACUGGCUCAGGAGGUGACUCGUUUUGUGCAUGGGCAGGAGGGCCUACAAGAAGCGCUAAGAGCCACGCAAGCCCUUGCACCAGGUUCCACCUCCACCAGACUAGACCCGGCCACUCUCGAAGCAAUCGCUGCUGAUGCACCCUCCACCUCGCUCCCAUGGGCCGACGUGAUUGGCCGAACCGUUGCUGACGUGGCAGCGGCAUCGAAGCUAGUGGGUAGCAAGGGGGCGGCGAGGCGGCUUGUGCAGCAGGGAGGGAUGUAUCUGAACAAUGAGAAGGUGGGGGAGGGGGAGAGGGUGGUGGGGGAGGAGGAUUUGGUGGGGGGAAGCAUGCUGCUGCUGGGAUCGGGGAAAAAGAACAAGCUGAUUGUGAGAGUGGAGCGGUGA